AUUAGCUCGGAGAGUAACAACACCGCGCUCAUUGAAGCCAUAUGGGUUUUUAGUUGGGCAGCGCUUAAGGGUUGUCGUGACAAUUUUUGCGCUACUUUUUUUUACUUCGGCUUGGUGCAGUAUAUCUUGAUUUACCUUUGUAAAUUUCGACACUUCUAGACUGACAUAUAGAGAUUUUUGCAUCGUUUUCCCUCAUAGAUUUCUUAAUUAUUUGAGUAAACUGUCGAAGCUAAACCGAAUCAAUCUAAACUCCUGUUCAUAUUACAGCUACUCGCCUAAAAUUUAAAUUGGUGUUGAAAAACAGGAGGUUGCACUGUUCAGCUUUAAUGCUAUUCGCUGAAGCCGUUGAUAAUAGCAAAAGUCUUGAUGUUACAUAUUGUCGCAUCAAAGAGACAGGAUCGUGUCACAUUAAUGUGUACUCGGAUACUAUUGAGAUUCAGAAUGCCAAUGAAACUCAUCAAGUGACAUUAAAUGGAUUGAAUAUAUCGUGCAUGACAUGCAAAAAUCUUUGUCAAGUUAAUGACAGAACUUUGUCGUGCAGAUUUAAUGCAUCGUAUAUCAGUCAGACCUGUGACAACAUAACUAAAUUAAGUAAAGUUAUGGGUAACCUUACUGCAGCUGAUUCGAUUCUUUGCAAAUUUUGCCAACAGAAGUUAGGAAAUAUAAAAGAUGUUACUUGUACUAAUAACUUCCAGAAAUUUAUCACUCUCGAGGAGGAAGGUUUAUGCAUUGAAGAUGGCUACUUCUGUCAUCCAACUUCUAAAAGCACUGAGGACUUGGCCUCUAACUCCGUUAAUACGCAGACUUUUCCAGUUAAUUUAUAUUUGGCUUCUCCAUCUAGCUGUUUGUUCACUGGUUUAGAACUAAUGAUAGACCGUUCGUUGAUUGAACCACAGUCCAUUCAAUCCAAAGGGAACGAUUUCUUUCAUUGUUCUAGUUGCUUAAUGGCUUUGGGGAAAAAAGUCUUGUCUGGCUCUCAAGAAUACUUUGUAUUUUGGGCUAAUUGUUUAAGUUUACUAAUUAGAGAAAAUGAUAUUGAUGGUGAUUUUAUUGGUUACAUUGAAAAGCCAUUAAUAGCUGAUGAAAUGGAAUUUUAUAGCCUUCUAGUUGAAAAUUUAAUAAAAAAUACUCAAUAUCGUGUUAUUUUAUCAGCUAUCACGUGGGAUGGACCUUUAGACUUUAUGUUACUUUGGUUACCUGACCAAAAAAUAAGAUUAUAUACAACUGCUUUACAAGAUUGUACGUCACCUACAAUUGAUGUAAAUGAGGGUUCAUUAGGAAAGAAUGAACAAAACACUGUACAUUCUGUGAAAAUUGAACCGAUUGCUUGUCGUCGUGUAUUUUAUCAACAACUUUUACCGAAUAAUAAUUGUUCAUUGAAUACAGCACAGUUGGUUGAUUCAUGGAGGAAAGAUUUCGGAGUCACAUUAAUACAUAUCCCGUGGGAAACGUGCAUUGGAUUCUCAGCAUGCCUAAGCCAGUUUUCUUCAAGAAUAGCACCACACACACGGAAAUUAGAUGGACCGAUGAUGGGAUUUAUUUCGGGUGCCGUUCCACUGAUUCACUUACCUAACGAUUUGGCGUAAUGUUAUACUCGGAACAGGAUAAUUCUAUUUGAGUGAUAAACUGUCAACGUGAUUUUCUGCUGAUGAGACAUGAGGAAGGAAACUUACAUGCUUUGUUAUUUCUUGUGAGAGAGAGAGAGACAAACGGAAUGUAUUUUGUACACUUUAGUUUCAAACGUAUUGUCAAUUACCCUUACAUGUUUUUGUACUAUACACUUUCUAAGAGUG